AUGACGUCUUCUAACCCUUCUAAGCGUCCACGCUUAUCUGAAGUGGCCCAAAGUGACUCUCAUCUAGAAGAGAACCAUCAGCAUUUACAACUUCAUUCUCAACAAUUUCAAGUAAACAACUUACAAAAUAACAUUCCAAAACAAUUAUAUCAACACAAUCCGGUUAUUGUUAAUUUUCCCUCUCCUCAACAACAAUCCUUCCCAACUUCUUCAGAUAAUAUGGAUUCUUUAUUACCAUCUUCUGACCUUGAUAACAAACAUGAAGAGCCUUUGACUAAACAUGAUUUACAACGACUUGAAAAAGUCAUCGAUUUGAUGUUUCCAGAUAAAUCUGCUGCUGCAAAAGAAGCUGCCACAAAGCUUUUAAAUUCUUCAACCAUUCAAAUUCAGUCAUCUUCCUCAAGAGAUGAUAAUACAACUUCUGUUGUUCUCGACUUUCCGAUCAUCCCUGAGCAAGCUACUGAGACAGAGCAGAUAAUGUCUCCAUUGGGUUAUCUGCUAAACCAUACCUAUCCUAAUUCUAUAGUUGAAUUAGUUAGCAAACUUAACAAGAUGUCUAUAAAUCCUGCAAAUUUGGACUUUUUUAAUCCAAAUUCUAACCCUUCAUUCACUCCUACAAAUAAUCCUCCUUUCACUGACCCUUCUGCUAAAUCGUCAGGCCCUCCAACAAAAGAAUUAUGUAAACAAUUAAUAAACGAUUAUUUUACCAAAUUUAAUAUUAUCAUUCCUAUCCUUAAUCGUAGAAAAUUCAUGAAUCAUUUUGGUGAUAAAACAAAACAUUCCGAAUUGCUUGUCAACGCAACUUUAGCCGCUGCUGCAGCAAGAUAUUCUGAUGAUCCUUCAAUUCGAAAAACUCCCAAUAAACCAGGUGGCGUGUUUUUCGACUCCGCAAAGAGGUUAUUAGAUUUGGUGUACGAUACACCAAGGCUAGAAACUGUUCAAUCAUUAAUUCUCUUAUCACAUGCAGAGGUCAGUGUGUCACGUAUGAAUAGUGCGUCUAUGUUUCUUGGUAUGGCUGUACAAAUGGCCCAUGCUUUACAUCUUGAACGCGAUGAUAUUUCUUUACCUUUAGAAGAAGAUGAAGAGAGACGAAGAGUGUUCUAUUGUAUUUAUUGUUGUGAGAGAUGGGCAUCAUUCAUAUUGGGCAAACCUUCGUGUAUUGAUGACACAAAUAUUAAUGUUCCUUUACCUACAAUGAUGUCAUUCAACAUUUUAACAAGGAGUUUCUUCAUAGCAUGGAUAAAGUUAUCACGUAUACUUGGCCAAAUUUGGAAAUUUGGUUAUUCUUCUCAACCAAAAGCAUUUCGUGCUAAUUGGUUGGAUCAUGCAACUGAUCAAAAAAGCUUGUUAAGACAAAUACGUUCGACAUUAGCAAAAUGGCUAAAAGAAUUACCUGAUGAAUUACAAUAUCAAUAUUUAAUUAAUAAUGACCAACAAGGUCACAUACAAUUAACUACUUUUUCUACUUUUGCUGCUCAGGCAUAUCGUGAUCCAAAAAUUGAAAAGCGUAAACAGGGUCCAAAUGGUCCAAUUAAAACGUGUAUUACCGCGGCAUUAACAAUUACCGACAUUUCUAAAACAACUCAGAAAUAUAACAAAGAAGCAUUCUGCACCUUUCAAUAUCCUAUCUAUGGUUUAUUGCAAUCAACUAUACUAGAAUUAGAUAUUGCGAAUGGGAAUCGAGGGUAUGAAUCAGGUGCUAAAAGGUUCAUAAACGAUUCAAUUGAAGAAUUAAGAUUUGCCGCUGAAAAUUCUAAAUUUACUUUUCUCCAAGAAAUGGUUAAAGAAUUAGAAGGUGUAAUGAUGAUAGCUAAUGGAAGAUCUUCUGAUAUUGUAAUUCCAUUUCCUAUUGUUUUGCAAAUGUUGGAAUCUCGAAGUAGUUGUGGUCUAUCAAAUAGUAAUAAUAAUUUCGCUAAUAAUGGAUGUGUAAACUUUGGUAAACCCUUUGGUUUGUCAAAACCCUCAAAUAAUUACAAGUCUCCUGGUUCUGUAUCAUCCAACUUAUCAGAUGAUGAUUCAAAAAUGGUUGAACCGCCAAAAGUUGAAUAUACUUCAACUGAGCAAACACCUGAACAUCCAGCUAUUAACAGAUCGCCACCAGUAACAUUAUUAACUGAAACUAAUAGAUCACCUUCAGUAAAUUUACUGACUGAAAAAUUAGCACCUGCGUCUAUGUCAUCACCAAUAAAUUAUCACCAGCAACAUCCUCCCACGACACAUCAACAACAAACAAAUCCUGAUGUGUAUAUGAUGUCACCUGAUUAUCAAGACCAAACAUCAUUACAAUUUAAUCAACCUCAAUCUAACAUUGGACAUCAUAUCUUAUCUAAUCCAACUGCUCCGUGGGAUCAACCUCCAUUCUUUAUGGAUAGUGAAAUAUAUGGUUUUGUAAACGCUCAUAAUUACAUGUUGGGUGUUUCACAAAUAACGGAUAAUUCUUCGGAAACAAAUGGCAGUUUAAUCGACGAUUUGACAGGAUUAUAUUCAAUUAUGAAAGAUGUCGAUGGAACCAAUUCUACCUCUCUGUAA